GGGGUGAGAGGGGGGUGAUAGUAUCGAUGAUAACGGCAGACGAUGGCGAGCGGUUGAAGCCAAAGGGAGACAAACCAGGAGUGAUCACAUCUUGUGUGCUCAUUUAAUGGUCAACGCCGACCGGACCAUCAGCAGUCGGCUGCUAAUUGAGAGACUUUUCAUUAACGGACUUUUGAAUCAUUCCAAGUGGAUAUCUUGUGUUCUGCACAGUGUGUGUUGGUGUUCCACUGCGGGGUGUGCUCUGACCGCACGUGUUGGGAAGAUGCUAUAGACCUACGUGUUAUAUGUUAAAAAGAAUUUAUCCGUGUUAUAUGUUAUAAAGUGUGUUAUUGGUGUUUUCUACAACAAGAAUUUUUAAUCUGAGCUGCUAUAUAGAACCAAAUUAUUAGCGAUUCACACUCUGUUACAAAGCUUACUACUAAAUACUUUAAACAGUUUAAAAAAUCCGAGAAACGCUAAUCUGUUGACCUUUACAAAAAUAUUGUAGACUCUUGACAGUGCUAAUCAAUAUACACUUCUGACGCCGAGUCUUUUAAUACUGCAGUUAUCGGAACUCCCUUUCGUACUUAGUUAUCUUACAAUACUGGACCUAGUUGUAGAGUCCAAAUAGUCAGCUCUAUUCAUUUUGAUGCUUCUAACAAGGGAGGAGCGUAAAUAUAAUUCUUAUCUACGUCACUUGGUCAAAGCAGGGCAGAAAAACACUUACAACAAAGACAUUUAGAAAGACACCUGAUUCUCUGAGAGUAGUAACUUCUGUUACUUUUGUGGACACAUCUUGUGUUUGAGGCUGACACUUCAGACUGGAUUACUUACGUUACCUGAACCAAUCACUGCAGCUCGUAGAUGAUUGUGGGAAAGUGAAAGGCUGGCUACACUCCAGUGAUCCCGGCAGUUGGAUGAAACUGACCAGUAGUGACCCUCACAGACCCAGGGAUCGGAUGGCUGUGCAAGUGGACGAACAGGUGUUUUACAAGACCACCAGAGAGCUACAUCCACGCGAGGAGAUGCUCUUGUAUGCCAGGGAGGCUAGCUUUCCCGACCUCGAACUGGAAACACUAGCAAGGCAGAGCUUGUCAGGUGAUCAAACCUAUCCGUGUCCGAAUUGCGGCGAAGUGUUCCGCUCCAAGGUCGCCGUGAGGCGCCAUCAGACAUACUCCUGUUCCAGCGCCCUAUCGCCCUACAGCAGUCUGAAAGAGCAGAUGGGUUUGGCGCAGCACGGCCUCGUGGGAGGAAACGGCCUCACCAACAUCUUGGCCAGCCACGAAGCGGCCGGCAACAACAACAACAUCAGUACCGGAUGUGACAGCGAUGACAAUAGAAGUGACAACUCUGAUUCCUAUCAGGAACCGGUGGAGACCGGAAAUGGUGGCGAGUUCAAAUGUGACGAAUGCCCAAAAUCCUUCCAAUGGAAAGCAAAUUUACAAAGACACCAGCUUACACACGACGCCGACAGAAAAUUUCCUUGUGAGAACUGCGACAAGGUCUUCACAGAUCCCAGCAAUCUCCAGCGUCACAUACGCUCCCAGCACGUCGGAGCGCGGAGUCACGCCUGCUCUGAAUGUGGCAAGACUUUCGCCACGUCCAGCGGACUGAAGCAACACCAGCACAUCCACAGUAGCAUUAAACCUUUUCAGUGCGAAGUAUGCUUGAAAGCUUACACCCAGUUCUCGAAUCUCUGCAGACACAAGAGAAUGCACGCAGACUGCAGACAGCAAAUUAAAUGCAAAGACUGUGGCCAGGCUUUCUCCACAGUAACCUCCCUCAGCAAGCACAAGCGAUUUUGUGAAGGAGUCAUGAGAAAUGGAAUGAGAGGCAUAUACCCUCCCGAGAAGCUCUCCCCUCUUUCAAUGUCUCCCAACGGCCAGGCACCCCACCUGAACCCAUCUCUCUUCCCUAGCAUCUACGCCGCAGCCGCUGCCGUUGCGAGGCCACAGUUUCCCUUUUCACCGUAUCACCCAUUCGGAGCUUUCUCUGGCCUUCUUCCCCAGGCAUUGCCCAGUAUGUUGGGCAGUUCGGCAGUGUCCCCCUCCUCUGCCCUCAAGUUUGCUGCCAACUUGCAGCAACUGUCUCCCGAGAAGAGAUUAAACCUGUCUCCGGAGCCAGGAAGCAUUGAUUUCAAAAUCCAGCGAUUCUCGACCAGCUUUGACAAAGCUCAGAUGCCUCGACCUGAUGCUCCCGAGUCAAAAGCUGAUCACAGCCCGGAACAAAGCGAUGAGAGUGAAUUAGACAUAAACAGUGUCUCAGACAACGAGUCCGAAAGACCCUUUGUGCGCAAAAGAAAAUCCGAAGAUUCCAGAAAUUGCUCAAGGGAAGCGUCCCCCACUUCAGAAAGUAAAAAGAAACCUGUAACACCAGAGUCACCAGAGGAACUUCAGGAGAAAAAAGCACAUAAAACGCCAUGCAUUGCUCCACCUGGUUUUACCCAGUUCAGACCUCAAUCUCCAAUAGUGUCUUCAAAAGUCCAAGCAACGUCCACUCCUAUCAAACAGGAAUCACCUUUUGAUUUCUCCAACAGUCUGCCCAAGCAGAAUGGGCCUGUCCAGCUUUCAUCAGAUAUCCACUCUGACAUAGAAUCGACACCUGAGAAAUCCCAGAAAGAUGACGCCCCGCUUGACUUAAGUAAGAAGCCCGUAAAGCCUAUACCCAUCUUGCCCAUCGAUGCUCCUAGGAAAACACACAUCUAUGGAGAUUUAACAAUGUCUCCAAUACCUGCACCAAUUUCAGCAUCAUCACCAGCCACAUCCGUAACUCCAUGUAUAUCUUCGUCGUCCAUUUCAUUGACCAUCCCAUCCGUGUCCAUCCCAGACUCUAAGAGCAGCAUGUCCAGCAUUUAUAAUUACCCAUUUAAUCCUUUGAUGAUGGAGUCUUUCCUCAGGAUGAAAGAGGAUUUUAAAAUGAGACAGGAAGUAGCAUCCAAAUUCUCCAGUCCAUUUGCACGAUACCCAAUGCCUGGACCUACCGCGUUCCCUGGCCUUCAUUCCCAGUUCAGUAUGAUGCCACGACCGGACAUUGACAAGGUUCUUUCUCCUAUGAUAAAAAUGGAGAAAUCCGCCGAGUACUCAUCGCACCACCAUCAGCAGCACGGGCACCACUAUGGACCAGCAGCUCCUGGAAAAUCCAAAGAACGUUACGCUUGCAAGUUCUGCGGCAAAGUUUUCCCGAGAUCUGCAAAUCUGACGCGGCAUUUGCGCACCCACACUGGAGAGCAGCCGUACAAGUGUAAGUACUGCGAGAGGUCGUUCAGCAUCUCCUCCAACCUUCAACGUCACGUCAGGAACAUCCACAACAAGGAGAAGCCCUUCAAGUGCCAGCUUUGUGAUCGUUGCUUCGGCCAACAGACCAACUUGGACAGGCACCUGAAGAAGCACGAACAAGAAGGUCCCCACCUUGCAGACUCACCAUCUGCAGAGCUGGAGGAGUGCGGCUCUCCCUCUGUAGAGAUGGAAGAGUGUGACUCCCCCUCGGCAGAGAUGGAAGAGUGUGACUCCCCCUUGGCAGAACUGGAAGUGUGUGAGGAAAGUGCUCUCACCAGCACAGACUCAAUUCCUACUGACUUAAACUCUGCAGCGUUGAGCGUCUAGUACGGGUCAUACCUAAGACUUUAUACUGACUUAGUAUAUAAACAAACGCAGUACAAGCAAAACAUUCAAUAAGUAUGUAAUAAAAUCUAAGUAGGUAACGCAAAAAACUGAUGAUGUUUGGUUGACGGCUACAAAGAAAAGCCUCAUCAGCGCUGAGUAAUCGAAUUCGUUCCUGUAGCUCAACAUGGACCACGCGCUUGACUUACCUGCGAAGAGCUCGCCAGUGACAAUUUGGAAGACAAAGCCAAAAGGUUGAACAACGGGAAAUCUCCGAUACCGAGAACGAGGAAUUGUGAACGUUGCUAUUUCUUUACGUUUUGCCUUACAAAGCCAUAGUAUCGUUCAGGCAUGUCCUGAGUAUCGAUACUUCAAGUAUCGAUCCAUUUUUUUCUUCUUAUUUAAAUGUGAUUUUGUUGGACCAAUUUAGAAGUUGACCUUGCUGUCAAUGUCAUAACUGUUUUUUUUUUGUCAUUCCUCUUGCUACAUCUGAUUAAAAAAACUUUGUUUUAGAGCUUUAUAGACAGGAAGUACGUCUAUAAAACAUUAGAAAUAUUGAUGUAUAUAUUUAUAUCACAACAUUUAUUCCUAGUCUAUCUUGUAAUUUAUGUUGCAAUGACAUAUUCAUAUGUUGAUGACUAUCAGGGUUCCUGUUGUUUCAUGACAAUCUCAAGUAACAUUUUUAUGAAGUCCAAGUAACAAGCAAGAAGUUGUUCGCUUUAUUUUUCCAAAUAUCCACUAUUCUAUACAUUUAAUGUAUCAAUCCUUAUAACACUAGCUGUCGAAAGCAUUAACUAGUCAAUGUAAAAAUUUAAAGACGAAGAAAGUACUGUAAAACUAAGUUUUAAAAAAGACUGUAAAACCCUUAUUUACCGUGUACUAUGGAUACUAAAGGGAGUCAACUGUCUCAUAUAUGAAGAAUAAUCUUGAAAACAUUUUCAGACUGGUCAAUGUAAAACAGAUUUUACCAUUUUUUUCUCAGCAACAGCAAUAAGAAUGUGACUUCGUAAGUCAAAACAGUAGACUAAUAUUAAUGCUUGAAUGUUUAGUAAUACAUUAUGCAAUUGUAGAAAAUAUGCAAAUUGACGCGACUAUGUGCCAUUGUCAUGACACUGAAAAAACCCGGGUCAAAAAAGUUUGUUUCCCUUGAAGUUGUGGGUUGUACUCUGCACAAUUCAUUCCAUUUUCCUGUCUUGGAAGAUUUGCAAGAUGUUUAAAACUUGAAUUCCACAUUUAGGUUUCUGAAGAGAUCAUUCAGAUUUGAAUAUAGCCUUGGUUUUGUCUGAAGUCUGGUCUUGAAGACAUGCCUUAGAGAAUAUUUGAAUAUUGAGCUCGUUGAAAUCUGAAUUCUAUUGAUUAUCUCCCUUCCUUCCUUCCUUUGCUUAUGUAGUGAUAACUAGUUAAAGCGUCAAUUAGUUACUUAUUUAAGUAUACGCAUGAUUGUGUGUGUGUGUGUGUGUGAGAGAGAGAGAGAGAGAGAGAAAUAGAGGGAGGGGGGGAGAAACGAGUAUUUAUGAACACAUUUAGGAGCUCGUAAAUUGAGAACCUUAAUAGUUACAGAAACGUUUGAAAGAGAAUUAUGUAAACCUUGUUUAUUUGUGUUUAGCAAUAGACAUAGUCCAAUAUCAAAACCACAUAGCCCUACAUUGGUCCAGUAACUAUGUACUAGUAGAGCCCGUCUUUUGUGUGGAUUCUUUUUCAUGACAUCGUGGUGGAACUCCUCGUUGACGAAGCAAAUAUUUACAUUAUUUAACCAUAACUAUGCUCUUUGUCAUUGUAAUUUUAUGUAUCAUUCUUUCUGACGGGAACAAACUAGAUCUAUAGACAUAUUGUUUUGUUUUGUUUUUUUUGUAUAGCUAGGUGUACAUAUUCUUAUAUUUAUGUAAUCAUUGAACCAACCAAUGAAAAUGAGGACCAAUGAUGUGUAAUUAUUUAAUUGUAAAUGAUGGUAUGGUCGAUGAAUAAAUAUCCUACCAACGGGAGAUCACUGUGAUGUGUAAUUGAUUUUUUCUUUGAGUGAUUUCCCCCUUGUAUUGAAAUGACUAGAUUAGAAACAAAUUGAACUGCUGAACUUUUUUCCCUCUUUCAUAAUCUCAAUUUUAUAUAAAAGAUAUACAUUUGAUUUAUACAUUUGUAUGUAUAAUAAUUUUUUUUUUGAUUUGGGUGAUUUGUUCUUUUGGUUUCUCUGUAUCCAUUUGUUAAGAAAUGAUUUGUAUAAAUAUGAUCACAAAAGAAAUUGUACAUGAACUUUAAAUCAUAAUUCUUACUUAUAAGCCGCCAUUGUUUUCCAAGACCAGUAGAUCCAAAAUGCAGACCCUUUCUUUCAAAAAAAGGGGGCUGCACUUGUGGGUGUCUUAUUGACUCGUGUCUGGACGCCCUCUGAUAAUGUAGGACAUAUGUACGAAUGUAAUUGAUCAGUGUUUCUCAAUACAAGGGCGCCAUUAGGUGUAAUGACUGUAACUGUGCAAUGACAUUAUUUGUUUAGUCUUUUAUUAUUAAAUCUGUCAACAUGUCAAUCACAUCCAACUCCUCCCCCUCCUCCGGAAAAGAACAAGAAUCUAUAACAAAAUUUUUUUAUAUAUAACAUUUCUUUAUGUUAACGCCCUCUUUUUUUCUAUCUAGUCAGUUUUUUGUUGUUUUUUUAACCGAGAGAAAAA